UACAUACUUUCUCCGUGUAAAAGAAGAAAAGAACAGAAAUAGGCAGAAUAAAGUUCCUUACUUCAUCAUGAAGAUGAAAACAUAACAAACAACGGAAUUGAAAUGGCGACUUCGAAAGGAGCAAAUACCUAUAAUCGAUUGAAUUGGGAGGAAGCUGAUUUCCCCGUUCUCUGCCAAACUUGUCUUGGUGAUAAUCCCUACAUUCGUAUGAAUAAGGAAAAGUUUGGAAAGGAGUGCAAAAUAUGUUCUCGUCCUUUUACAGUGUUUCGAUGGUGCUCUGGUUCUAGAAUGAGAUUUAAAAAGACUGAAGUUUGUCAAAUGUGUAGCAAGCAAAAGAAUGUUUGCCAAACAUGCUUGUUAGAUUUAGAAUUUGGUUUGCCUGUACAAGUACGAGAUCAUGCUUUAAAUUUAAAGGAUGAGAUUCCCAAGUCUGAAGUCAAUAGAGAAUAUUAUUCUCAAAAUAUGGAACAAGAGAUUGCUAAUGCUGAUGGAAGUCAGCCUUUUGGAGCUCUUGGAAAAGCUCAGACACCUGUUGAUCUUCUCAUGAAAUUAUCUAGAACCACCCCAUACUACAAGAGGAAUAGACCCCACAUAUGUAGCUUUUGGGUCAAAGGUGAGUGUAAACGUGGUGAAAAGUGUUCUUACAGGCAUGAAAAACCUACAAAUCCAGACGAUCCAUUAGCCGAUCAAAACAUUAAAGAUAGAUAUUAUGGUGCAAAUGAUCCUGUCGCUAAUAAACUACUAAGACGAGCAUCGGCUAUACCAAAACUUGAAACACCUGAAGAUAUGACAAUAACUACUUUAUAUGUUGGAAAUCUUGGAGAAAAGAUUACUGAGAAGGAAUUAAACUGAAAUAUUUGAUGCAGAUGAUAAAGUACUAUUGUGACAUUUACUGUUGCUGGCGUUCUUACAGCUUUAUUUGCCGGAAUAUUGCUUGCGUGCAGUGUUCAACGUCGUCGAGAGAGUGACAACAUAAAAUUGAUUCAGAAUAAACAGACUGAUUCGAAGACUAAACAAGAUAUGUCAUCAUUUUAAAUUUAUUGGUAAAUUUUAAUAAAAUGUCUUCAACUUUC